CCCCCAGUCAAGUAUACUCACUUCUUUCCAAGAUGGCUCCUAUUUCGUCCAUAAUAUGCUUGGUCGCUAUGGUACUUGGUGCCGAUGCACUGGGAGGGGUUUAUGGCCCUAGUAACGGAGGAAAUGGCGGAGGUAACGGAAAUAUGAUGUCCAACAUGAUGAAUAUGAAAAAAAUGAUGAUGAUGACAAUGAUGAACAAAAUGAUGCCGGUAGAUUAUCCAUUGCCAAACCCUGGGCCUUCAUAUCCAAUGCCCAUGAAACCAAUGAUGCCUUACUACCCAAUGCCCAUGAAACCUAUGAUGCCUGACUACCCCAUGCCAAACCCAGGGCCCAUGAAACCAAUGAUGCCUGACUACCCUAUGCCAAACCCAGGGCCUAUGAAACCAAUGAUGCCUGACUACCCUAUGCCAAACCCAGGGCCUAUGAAACCAAUGAUGCCUGACUACCCUAUGCCAAACCCAGGGCCCAUGAAACCAAUGAUGCCUGACUACCCUAUGCCAAACCCAGGGCCCAUGAAACCAAUGAUGCCUGACUACCCUAUGCCAAAUCCAGGACCUAUAUAUCCUAUGCCACCGAAACCCAUGCAAAUGUAUUGAUUGACCACGAAAUGAAUAAUCCAAAAUGGU